AUGGAUUACAUCUGGCUGGGCAGUCAGUUACCGCUGGUGGACGGCUUAGCGUUUGGUACUGGCACGCCGGUGCUGCUGGACCCAUCGUCCUUCUGGGGCCACCAUGAGCUGGAGUCCUACGUGAGUAGCGGGUCGAGCUCAAGCUCUGCCCUUGAGCCAGCCCCCUGCACCGGCGUGUGCAAACGCUGCAGGUCCUCCGUGGACCGACGGCAGAUGGCUGCGGAGGGCCUGCGGGCCUUCCGCGCCUCUGAGAAGGGUGGCCCUCGGCCCCAACGCUUGCCAGAUCGGACUUGGGUGACUGCCAAGUACUGGGGCAUCCGGCAGGAUCAGAUCGAGGAGCUCUUUGACCUCUGCCAGAUGGAGCCCGACUGGUACGACGAAUGCAGCGUCCAUGACUUUGUGAAUACUUUUGUGAAGCCCGCCACCCGUGGCACCGAGAUGGGCUACGCGCUUAUGCUCAACCAAGAGGAGCCCCAGCAAGUCACGAUCAUGAUCUCGCAUGCCUGGGUGGAGAACACGCGGGACUUUUUCCAAGACGUGCUGUCCAACACAUGGGCGAUGGAAGUUGCCUUCAUCUGCUUUCUUUCCAAUUUUCAAGGCACCCCUGAGCAGAUCAACGCGCAGUUGGGCAACAACAUCAUGAAGAGCCCCUUCACUGAAGUCAUCAGCAGUAGCACCUGCCAGCGGAUGCUCGUGGUGCCCAACGAAGCUCUCCGGGAAAGUGGGCAGGGCUUAUACAGCAGGCUCUGGUGCAUCUGGGAGAUCAAGGUGGCAGCCGAUGCCGGGCUUCCUAUCAUGAUUGUACCUCGGAAGAGUGACGAAGAGUACCUACUGGGAACCUCCACCAUGUCUUCCAAGAACGCGCGCUGCGGCAAUCCAGAGCUGCCAAUGAACAAGGACGAGAGGCUGAUACGAGCGGCCAUUGACAAUCUCCCUCCCCAAAGCGCUCGCUCCCGCGCUGUCGGCUUCUUCUUGGUGUGCUUCUCCGUGUCCUAUGGUGCGUGCAUCGGGGCCAGCUUGAUGAAGGACUACAGCGGCCUGCUGGCGGGCGUGGGGGGCGGCCUGUGUGUGGGCAUGUUCUUCAUGGCCUGCAUUGCGCAAGGCGUGAGGAAGUGCGUGUGGAAGUUGCGCGACCGCGACGGGUACCACAUCCUGGACAAGGUCAUUCGAGGCUCGGCCAUGGGCGCCUACGCUUGGAGGCGCAUCAGCGUCGACCGAGACGUCUUGCCUUUGGUGGUGACGUGCCUCUUGUUCGCCGCCGUCUUCAUGUUUUGGCGCUAUGCCCUGUCGCACAACCCGCUGCACAUCCCGGUGGCGGCCACCGAGGGCAUGGGGGUCGCGCUGCUUCUGUUCUUCAUGUUCCAGGUCAACUUGCUGGGUAUGCUGCACGGGAACUUCUUCAUCUUUCGCAGGACGCAGCUGCUGGCCACAACCGUGCUCUUCUCAUGCGCGACGGCCGGCUCCAUCAUUGGCUGGAAGUCGACCGGGGAAUGCGACGGGAUGAUCGGCCUCGGAGCCAAUCUCGGUUUCUUGUCGGGCGUGCUCAUCAUCAGCACUGUCACGCAACACUGGGUCCAUGCUCUGGCAAACAUGCUGAUGAUCGGCAUCAUGCUCCUGGCGCGGUAUCUCAGCCCCAUCCUGUGGCGGGAGUACUUCCUCAUCCUCUGCGGGAGCAUUGGUCUCCUGGUCUUGCCGGACUGGCGGCACUGGCAGCGAGGCCUGAUGCUGCUUAUCGCCCUUUCGUCCCUACUUGGACUGGAGAUGAUCUACCUGCUCUUCGACCGGAACAGCGGCUACGACGUGCUCUUCUGCCGGUCCAACAUGGCCAGCAUCGCCAGCGUCUACAUGAUGCAUCACAGCCACAGAGCCGUCAACGCUACGGUGUAG